GAUCGAUCGCAUUGCAUUCUACAAACUCAUAUACGUAAUACCUCGACGAAGACGAAGAAGAAGGCGAAGACGGGGCACACAUUGGAUUCGGGACACAAAAAUUUCUCUUUGCUUGUUAAAGACGAAUUGCUAAGAUGUCUGCGCUCUUCAACUUCCAAUCUCUCCUACUUGUUCUCCUCCUCCUUAUCUGCACAUGCGCCUACGUACACCAAAUAUUCCCGACGAUAUUAGAUCGAAAUAAGCAAGGGUUAAUGGGAAUAUUCUGGAAGGCAGCAAGAGUAGGGGAGAGGUUGAGUCCAUAUAUAAGUUUAUGUUGCGUGUUCAUGGCGGUCAGUCCAGUAUCGUCGAGUGUUUUAUUAGCCUAGCUAACAACUAUCAGUUCUCGAUGGUUAUCGGCAAUU